AUGACAGCCCUCGAAGUCGAAGCAGAGACCUCGUGGGUCAUGCCUGGUGAAAAAUAUUCGCCGCCCCGCUGGGUUGAUACCGAUGCAGCCGCAUCUCAGCAAGACCCAAGAAAGGCCAGCAUCCAGGUUGUUUGA